CCUUUGUCUUUGCAAAGCGAACAAGGCCUGGGCGGACUGUACUGGGCGGUGCAGGAGGCGGGGUCUGCACGGCGCGGGCGGGGCGGGCCUUAAAAAAAAAUAAAAAUGAAAAAAAAUUAAAAAAUAAAAAAAGCCCUACCUGUCCCAGGCCUGCUGAGCUCAGCGGGAGUUUGCUGCGUGAUCCGCCUAAAGGAUCUACGAAUGAAUGAGCCUCCUGUCCGGCUGGGGACCUCAGGGCCCCGCGGGGCUGCGAAUCUCGCGGACGCUCCGGACAUCCUGGGGCGUGCCGGGUCCUCUUCCCGCAAGCUGGGGUGCUGGGCGGCCCUGGCUCCCGGUGGCCGGAAUCCCGCGGUGUCGGGGGCGGCAGCGGAGGCUAGGGCGAGUGGAAGCCCAGGCGGGGCUCUGGAGAACCGCCCGGCGGCUGAGAACCUGGACUGUGAGCCCUGGGUCAGAGAGAAAGUGCUCUUCCUUCUGCACCCAGAGAGGUGGCUGGGGACUCAACGGGACCUUGCGCGGGAAGAAGUGGCCGGUGGGGACGAUCUUUUCCCGGCGGCCGCAGACGACUGGGAACCCGACGGCCCGUCUCUUUUUCCGCGAGAAAAGCGAGUUUUGGGCAGCCGUGUAGACGCUCCCUUCAGAGCUCUGCCGCGGGACCCUGCAGCCCCACCCAGGUCGGUGCUCGUGCGGAUUGUGGACUAUCAGGCGACAGAAGAAGUCCUGUGGACCGCAUGGAGGAAGGGGCAGAUGACCGCACGGACCGAGGAGCACUCCAUGAGCGCGAUCACUUUUCGCACCAACAGGGAGUGAAGCGCCCUGCUGUGGGCGCCAGGACUGCGGGGGAACCCCGGGCUCUCCCGCAUGGGGAGAGACGUCCGGAGUCCACCUGCGAGGAGAUCACCUCGCGGUCCCCAGGGACUGGAUUGCCAGAGGAUAUAAAACAGGAAAGAGGAGCCUGAGGAAUGCUGCGGGAUGGUGGAUGAGCGCGAGUCCCUAAGCGGAUGCUCUUCCGGGAACGCCAGCCUGUGAUUAGCCGACAGCGAGGACGUUUUAAGAGGCUGGUCAGCGCCGCUGGGAGGCAGGGGACACCCCAGACAGAAUGAAGAACUGUGAGCAACAUAGUACCUCCUUUGUGUCUUAAAUACUGUGACAGUCUGGGGACCUAAGUCAUUGGAAGAGGGGAAGGAAAGGUAUUUUCAAAUUGGUAAAAUGUGGGCCUGUUGAAAUACGAAAAUCUAUUUAUGGUUAAUUCUCACUUUGCAAUACAGAUGCAUUGAUCUCUUUCCCUGCCUCCCCGCUCUUUCGGACCUAAAUCAGAAGUGAAGGUUGAGGUCCGCUCUCUGCAGAGAGAGUGGGAGGAGAUGGGGAGAGAGGCUUGUUUUAAAGCUAAAAAAAGAAAGUAAAAAGGAAUGGGAAAAUAAAAAUAAAGCAGCAAGUAAACAAAAUCUUUCCUUUUUUAAACUUUUUUCUGAUGUGCACAUUUUUUCUUUUUUUCAUUAAAUGUUAGGGGGAAAGAAAACUAAGAAAAGAAGAGGGGGAGAACAGAAGACCCAACUUUGAACGUUAAGUGCCAUUUAAAGGGGCUUUACUACCCCCAAAGUAUCCAGUCGAGUGAAAAUGAUUUUUAUCUGGUUUUUAUUUAUUUUUACUAUUUUAAAUUUGGCAGAUAAGUCUUAUCUAAAGGUAGAUGAUGUAUAGUUUGCCCUAAAAUAAUUGUAUAUCUUAUUCCUGUCCAUCGUUUCUUAUUAAUAACAUUUGUAUUCAAAGCUGGAUUGAAAAUACAUCCCUCUUGAUGCUGUUGGGGAAAAAAGUC